CUCCACCGCCAGGGAGGAAGUGGUGAUAACCUCCUCUUCCUUCGCUUUCUCGUCGAUUUCUCGGCCGUUGGUUAAUCAACCCAAGUUAUUGGUUACUCUCCGGCCGAGCUACGAGUCUACAAGCCACAAGUUGGCUUGGUCUGUGACGGUCUCUUGUCCUGCGGUUGUUGAAGGCCUUCAGCUGAACUGCGCUGCCUUGAGGUAGAACAGCCCUGCAUAGUUAUCAUUGUUUGAAGUCCAUAUUGUCAUCGCUAUUAUCGUUAAUUCUAUUCUCAUACCUUCUUGUUCUCUUCGUGUCACUGCUGUUGCUGUUUCUACUCCGUACUUCUCAUAUCCUCCUACGCUGUAUUGCUGUUCAAAAAGGUCUCUUCGUGUCCUCAACAGUUGACAUUUGAGGCUAUCACAAAAAUGGCGACUUCGACGCCCACACUGAUCAAUCUCCCCCCGCCUCCCUCCGAUCCCGUCACACCAUCGGAUAUGGGCCCAGGUACUCCCAACUCCGGCACGACAUCACUCUCUGCGCUGUCGACAACCGCGAUCAAAGAUGGCCACCAGGGCCAACCGCACCCGUACGCGCGGCAUGCCCACCAUUCCUCCUCGACGUCCAUGGCGUCUACGAACACACUCGAGGCCGAACGUGCGGACCGUAUCUCCCGGCUUGCCGGACUGGAGCGCGUAGCAACCGCUCGCGGCAGCGGUGCCAGCGGCCAACAACCGCAGGGACCUACCUCUGCUGCCGUGGCUGCGGGCCACGUCUCCGGUUACUUUGACAACUAUCCGGCUCUGAGGGAGCGCAGCACCGUGGGAAGCGCCAGCGCGACGGGCAGCGUGGGCGGCCGUACGACUUGGGCCAGCGGAAGCGAUGCCUUUGACGCCGACAAAAUGAGCGAGGGCCCGGACGACGGGACCUCUAGCGUGGGCAACCUCAGCGAUGAGGGUGAUACGCGGAGCCUAGUCGGGUUCGGCGAGGGAGCCAGCAGCACCAUCAGUGGGCCGACUUCUAGUCAUCCGGGCCUUCAUCGCUUGUCAUCGGGGGGAGGGCGGCCGGCCCCUCUCGGUAGCCCGACUAUGACAACGACUAGUCGGGGCAACCACCACCAACAACUACAGCAGCAGCAGUACCAACAGUACCAGCCGUACCAUCCCUCUGCUCCGUCAACCACUGCACAAUCGUUAUCCACCAUCGAGAAUACGGCUCUUCCCCCGUCGCCGUCGCCGGCAGGGUCGACUACCCCGGAGCCCACGACAGCAGCCGAGACGGCGGCAGCGGUGGACGCCCGCAUGGUUGAUGGCAUGACAUACGACCCAGACGUGGUUGACACGACAGCGCGGACGCCGCGCUUGGUGACGCCGUACGACCGGAGCCCUACUUCGGGGGUCUCUCAACAAGCAGAGAUGUAGUCUUUACUACCUCUGUCUGUCUCAUAAGUAGAAAAAGAAAAAAAAAGAAACUUAUCUCAGUGAACGACUUGAUGACUCGGUUGUACUUCUACGGUGAAAAUCAGGAUAUGGAAUCGGAAAGUGUCUUUCAAAGCGAUCCUGAUCGAGAUGAUUCCACUCGCUGCUAGGUUGAUUCUGCUGUCCAUUUUGAAUGAGAUAUAAUUGUCGUGUUUUGGCUAGGGAAAUAUCUAUACGGAGUACUAUUUAUUAUCUCUAUUGUGUCGAUAAAGUAAACCCACAAAACAAGAUAGACACUACUCCGUAGACUCUCUCUAGACACCCUACAAUAUACUCUUAAGCAAUUAGUAGUAACCAUAGGAAAUAAAUAG